AUGACAACCAAAGAUUUUAAUAACGAAUACGAAAAUUAUCAAAUAUCCGAAGGUACAAAUACAGAGAAUGAUAUUUAUGAUCAAGGAUCAUUAUCAAAUUAUAUUGAUACGAAAAGUAACAAGAUUGUAAUUAAUAUCCCACCAAAAAGAAUUAAAUCAAAUUCAAAACAAAUAAAUAAAAUGCAAAUUUCACGAUUACAAUCAGGUCAAGCAUCUCCUAAUAAGAAUUCAAUAAAUUCACCAUCUUCAGCGAUAAUUAAAAAUGAAAAAAAUACGAAUAGUAUUAAAUAUUCCAUAACAGUCGAUACAAGUAAAGCACGAACAAAUCUUGACGUUGUACGUUUAUGUUUACGAGAACUUCGAUGGAAAGAAUCUUCAUCUGAUACUGCUCUUCAUUCUGAUAUAUAUUGGCAUGCAUCAUCCUAUCAUGAAGGAAAUACAGAUUUUGCAUUAAGUACAGGUCGAGUGAAUAAAUUUCCUGGCAUGAAUGAUCUCUUACGUAAAGUUCAUUUGAGUCGUUUAUUGAAUAAUAUGCGAUUAUUAUUUCCAAAUGAAUAUGACUUUUAUCCUAGAACAUGGUUUCUUCCAGAACAAAAUCAACAGUUUAAAGAUGAUAUACGUUAUAUACAUCAAUUAGAUAAAAAAUGUAAUCGUCAACUAACGACAUUUAUUGUUAAACCAUCAGGCGGUUCACAAGGUGAAGGGAUAUAUUUACUCCGAGAUCCAUCUCAAAAAUUGAGUACAAAACGUUCAUAUGUUGCUCAAGAAUAUAUCGAUCGACCAUUAUUAAUCGAUGGUCUUAAAUUUGAUUUAAGAAUUUAUGUUCUUAUAUUGAAUUUAUAUCCAUUAGAAAUUUUUCUUUAUGAUGAAGGUCUUGUUCGUUUUGCUACAAUUGAUUAUAAUCGUCCAACAACUGCAAAUAUUCAUGAAAUAUAUAUGCAUUUAACAAAUUAUUCUUUAAAUAGACAUAAUAUUAAUUAUAAACAUACAAUUAAUAAUAAACAAACAGAUGGUAGUAAACGUAAAUUAAGUCUUAUUUGGAAACAAUUAAGUAAAAUAUAUGGAAAUAAAAAAAUCGAAUACACAAAGUUUUUAAUUACUGAAAUGAUUAACAAAACAAUAUUAGCUAUAGCACCUGAAUUAUGUGUUGAAUAUGAACAUGAAUUUUUAUUAAGAAAAAAACAAGGAUUGUCUUGUUUUCAGAUUAUUGGUUUUGAUAUAAUACUUGAUAAUCAACUGAAACCAAUAUUGCUAGAAGUCAAUGCAAAUCCUUCGCUUAGCAUUGGUUUUGAUAAAGAAAAUGAACAAGGAAAAUUAAUUUGCCAAUCAAGUCCAAUUGAUGAAGAAAUAAAAAGACCUUUAGUUCUUGAAACACUUAAAUUAGCAUUACCAAAAAAACAAUUAAAUACAAUUGCUCGUCAUGUUAAAUAUCAGGUGAAUGAUAAAAUUAUAACUGAACGAAUUGAAAGAGUGGCUCAACGUCGUCUUGAAGAACGAAAUAGGAAAAUAAAAGAUGAACGGCAACGUCGUUUUGAUGUAAAAUUAAAUCCAUUUUUUUCACGACCAUUAAAAAGCGCACCGCAAGAAUCUUUACGUCAACAACAAGUGUAUAUUUCUUCUCCAAGACAUUCGGAUCAUAUAAUCCUACGACAAGAAGAUUUGUUAAUAUAUCCAUCAAUAGAUUCUGGAGAAAAACUUCGUGGUUCUAUUGAUAAUGAUGAAAUUUGUUCAUCUAUAACAGCUACAACAUUUUCUUCACUAGAUACAAGACAACCUUCGAUUAAUUCUGAACCAUUUGUUUCUAUAAAAACAAAAACAGAUACAGCAGGACCUUUAAAACUUAUUUUUUCAUCAAAUAAUCAAACAAAAUAUGAACAUUUACUUGUAGUGAAUAAAAUAGCCGAUAUUUAUAUUCAACUCGUCGUUAAGUUAGGAUCUAAAACAAUGACUAGUGAACAAUUUCGCAGUUUUGCUAAUACAUGUCGAAUUAUUGACAAAACAAUCACAUCAUCAUCAAUCGACAUUCUUUAUUAUCAAAUACUUAAAAAAUGGCAACAGUUUGUAUCAAAAACAACUUUAACAGGUCUACCAUUUGCAGCAUUUAUUGAAGCAUUUUUUUCCUUAUCACAACGAAAAUAUCCUAAUGAUCACAGUUUAUUUGAUAGUGCUAAUCAUCUAGUGAAUGUUUAUAUUGAUCAUGUAAAUUCUAGUUUACCAGUUUCUUCAAGUAUUCCUCAAUCUGAUCAAUAUUUUCUUCAUCGAACUACUAAAAAUAAUAAAACAAUGAAUUCUUCAUCAUUAAAUAUUCGCUCAUCAACAGCAAAAACAUUAAUACGUAGUUCAACUGCUACACAAUCAAAGACUUCUACACUUGUAGUUUCUAAACAACAAAAUCUUCCAACAACGAAUAAUACUAAUGAAAAUACCCGAAAAAGUAUACUAAAACAAUCAACUAAAAGUGUUUUUCCUUUAUUUUUUGAUGUUUUAUAA